AUUGCAUUCAUAUAGGGAAUGUGGUUAUCUUCUUUUAAUUUUUGAUUUCAAUAAUCGGCGGUCCCCGACGUCGUUUUUGUGCUUUACGAAAAAGCAGUGUUGCAAAUAUCGGUUAGUUAAAGUGCGUGAAGUUGUUGUAGUGUAUUAUUUUAACAAUUAGAUUAUUGUUUGUGUUUUUAUUAACAAUUUAGUGACAAAUUUCAAUUGAAUAUGGGUAAUAUUCACACUGUUGGACCUAAUGAAGCAUUGAUAGUAUCAGGUGGAUGUUGCGGAUCAACAAAACGUGUCACCACAGUCGGAGGAUGGUCGUGGGCGUGGUGGCUCGUUACAGACGUACAGCGACUUUCUUUGGAAGUUAUGACGCUCAAUCCGCAUUGCGAAAGCGUCGAAACGUCUCAAGGGGUUCCGCUUUCCGUUUCCGGUGUAGCCCAAUGCAAAAUUAUGAAAGCUGAUGAAUUGUUACACACAGCUUCCGAACAAUUUCUAGGAAAAUCUGUUAGGGAAAUAAAGAUGACCAUUCUACAGACCUUGGAAGGUCAUCUUAGAGCUAUUUUGGGAACUCUUACAGUCGAAGAGGUCUAUCGCGAUCGGGACCAAUUUGCUGCCCUGGUUCGAGAAGUGGCUGCUCCAGAUGUCGGCCGAAUGGGUAUCGAAAUACUAUCUUUUACCAUCAAGGACGUUUAUGAUGAUGUGCAAUACCUCACGUCUCUCGGUAAAGCACAAACCGCCAUGGUCAAGAGAGACGCUGAUGCGGGUGUUGCUGAAGCAAAUAGAGAUGCUGGUAUCAGGGAAGCCGAAUGCCAAAAAUCGGCAAUGGACAUCAAAUAUUCCACAGACACAAAGAUCGAAGACAAUUCCAGAAUGUUUAAAUUACAGAAAGCCAAUUUCGACCAAGAAGUCAACACAGCUAAAGCACAAGCUCAGUUAGCCUACGAAUUACAAGCCGCGAAAAUCCGACAAAAAAUAAAGAACGAAGAAAUCCAAAUAGAAGUAGUAGAAAGGAAGAAGCAGAUCGAAAUUGAAGCACAGGAAGUACUCAGAAAAGAAAGGGAGUUGAAUGCUACUGUUCGUCUACCAGCCGAAGCUGAAAGCUACAAAGUUGAAAUACUCGCAGAAGGACGAAGAACUCAAACUGUCAAGAUUGCUCAAGCUGAAAGCGAAAAGAUCAAAUUGCUUGGUACCGCUGAAGCUUCGGCUAUUUCUAGCGUGGGUAAAGCGGAGGCCGAAAGAAUGAGACAAAAAGCCGCUGUUUAUAAGCAAUAUGGAGAUGCCGCUAUUAUGUCAUUAGUACUCGAAGCACUACCUAAGAUCGCUGCCGAAGUUGCAUCACCUCUUGCAAAGACAGACGAAAUCGUUCUUAUCGGGGGCCCGGAUAAUACUACUGCGGACCUUACUCGUUUGGUUGGUCAGAUACCACCAGCAAUUAAUGCCUUAACCGGAGUCGAUAUUUCAAAGACUCUAUCGAAAAUUCCUGGCGCUUCGUACACCCCUAAACCGACGGCUGUCAAAUAAUUGUAAUUUGGAAACAAAUUUGUCAAAUUUUUUUUAGAAUCUUCCAGUCAAGUUUAAUCAAUAUUCACUAUUACCACAUUCACACUUCAUAAUGGAAGAAUUUAUCAUUUAACACGUUUACUGACGAGAUAUUAAAAUUAUGAAUUAAAACAACAUUAUUACGAAUAAAUUUCUCAUUAAUCAUAAUUUAAACGGCAGUCAACGUAUUAAAAUUUAUCUUUUACUAUUUCAAAAUAAAAUUUGACAAAACUCUUAUAGGCUUGGCUUACAGCUUAUGUGUUCUGAAUAUGGUAUAUGUGUCUAUGGAAUGUUUUAUUUUUUUUUUAUAAAAUUUUUUUGUUUUGUUAAUUUAGUUUCUUGCAUUUGUAAUGUCUCAGGUUUUAGACUAAAUUAAUUAUUUUUUUUUUUCAAUUCAGACAAAUAUAAAAUAUACUGGAAUAGACAAAUUAUGAUUAAGUGAUCUUACUCUAAUUAAAAAAUCAGUAAUUACCUUUCGGAUUUAAUUUUCCAUAAUAUUAUAGUAUAUUUUGAAUUUGCAAAACAAAUAAAAUACAAGAAAUCAAUAAACAAAAAUUAAGAAAUGUAUUGGGUACUGCGAUAAAAUAUUGUUCAUAUAACUGUUGAUUUUUAAUAACCUGUUACCAAUGAUAAAGAAAACUAAUUUUUCUCCCUUAUCUAUAGCAAAUGAUAAUAGUCUUUUUCUUCUUUUCUUUUUUAAGUUAUACAUUUUUUGAUUCUGGAAUGUUUCGACAAUUGAAAACUGAUAUUUAGAAACAAUCUACGAUCUUUUAUAUUAUUAUACCAUGAACCUUUUUGUUUCAUAAGCUUGUAUUGCUGCUAUUUUAGAAUUUAUAGGCUAUUUUCAAAAAACCUAAAUGAUUUAUAGAACUUUUUUAAAUUUAUCAGGUUCAUUUUACGCAGUUCUUGCACAGAGAAGAAUAACGUUUAAGUUUUUCUGUUUGUUUCCUUUAAUAUCAAUACACCAUGAACCUUUCCCCAUUUAUUUUUAAUUAAAUCCAAAUUUUAUUGAUCCUAUUUAGGAAUUAUGGUCCAUUAAAGUAGCAUUAUACAAGAACAUUUUCAAAAAAAUCAAAAAUCUAACGAAUUUUUCGGUUUUACCCUCUAACAUUGGGAUUUACGGUUGUGACGUUCAUUUUCAAGAUCACUAACCCAUUAACCCGUGUUUAAGAAGUUUUUCCGUUUGUUCUCUUCAAUAUUAAUUCACCAUAAACCUUCCGUCAUUUCUUUUCAUUCAUUCGUAUUGUUACUAUUUUGGAAUUAAUAAAAUUAUAACUGGUUAAAAUGUGAUGUGUAAGAAUAUUUCCAAAAAAAAACACAAAAUCAAAAAGUUUGACAACAAACUUUUUAAUAAACUUCCUUAGUCUGUCUACUCCAACAUUCUUUUUACUACCUUAUAUUUUAAAGAUGGUUACUUUUCUUUGUUGGCCAGUGUAUUGACGUUAUAUGUGGACACAAUAUUUGAAAUAAUGUUCGUUUUUGUUAACAACGUGCCUCAAUAUUGAAAUGUAUCUAAAGGAACAUAUGAACUUCAUUGGCUUCUGCAUUUACUAUAAAUGCAAUAGCGGUACAUUUGAACUACUAUUCAUGUUAGCUUGAACAAUAAGUCUUGUAGUUUUUUUUUAAGAAUAAUUUUUCUAAUCGACGAAGCUGAUAAUGAUGAGAUUUUGCUUUUUUUGUUGUGAAACUAAUUUUGUUCAUUUAUUGCACAAAGAAAAACCACAUUUUGGGUUUUUCGGUUUGUUCCCUUUCGCUAUUUAUUUUCGAUCCAUCAGCUUGUAUUGCUCCUAUUUCAGAAUUAUGUCCAGUUGAAAUUGAAGAUUAUGUUUUCGGCACAAAUUCUUUUUGAUCCCACCAGAAAAAAGAAUUAUUGAAGAUUGAAUAUUUUUUAAUCUCUUGCUGUUAAAAGUUUCAUCAACAAAAUGUCAAUUUUGUCGAUAUUGUGAUUUGUGUGGUUUUUUUUCAAACCUUCCAAACUUCAUUUUUUUUUAUUACUUUGAAUAUUUCUUGCACAUAAUAUCAAAAAGAAUUAUUAUCUUUUUCCAGACAAACACUCACAUCUUCAAGGGUAAACUAUUCAUUUUCAGUCUCUGAUAGUUGGUUAUAGACACAUGAGUUCGAUAAUGCAAUUAUGGUAUUUCUAAUUCCAAGUAAUUAUUAAUUAAAAUGUAUUAUAGAAAUAGUAAUAACUUUUUUGGUACAAUUAAACUUAUACUAAAGAUGCAGGUCAUAUUUCGAAUAUCAUUGUUAACAGGUUGUAUCUCUAAAAGAAAUUUAACUCAUAAAUUGUAGGAAAAAAAUAUUUAGGAAUAGACCUACACAAUCGAUGUAUUUUUCUACUCCCCUAAAAGAUCCCUUUUUCUAAAACGUUUUAUUUUUUCACUCCCAUCAUAAAAGCCUUGUAAUGAAUUGAUAGAAAAAUUUAUUAAAUACUUUUUUUUCUAGUAUAUAACUUGAUGUAUAAAAUGAGUUAGACACAUGAUAUAAAUAUAGACAUUCUUCAUAAAACUUUUUGAGAGAUUGAUGUUAAUAAGUCCACAUAAAAUAGAAACUUCAAGCAGUGGUGAAACUAGUUGGUUUUAUACACAGUGUACAAUUCUUCAAAAUUAGCUUGUUCUUAUUCAUUCGUGUGACAUAUAUAGAAUAAAAGACUAAUUUCUUUACAGUUUUGAUUGCUUCGUAUCAAUUUUAGUCUUUCACAUUGUAAAUUAACAAUUUUUAUACAUUUUUCAUUUAUUAAUCUGAUCUAGUGACUAUUAUUUCCCUUAAAACUGGAACCAACAGAAAAAUAAACACUAUAAUAAUAGACCAGGGUAGAAGCCGUAAAAAGUCAGUUUUUUUUAAAGUUUUUGUUCGUUAAAAUCUCUACUUUCUGAUGGUAUUAAAAACUAUGAUUAUUAUCGUAGUAAAUUUUCUCAGAAAAGGCAAAAAAAUUUUUUUAUUACAUAAAAGUUAGAUAUUUAUUAACAUGUUGGACUCUUAAUUAGUUAUAUUUGUCAAUGUAACAUGGAAUCUUAUGUUUUUCGUAUAGAAAGUGAAAUUUUAAUAAAUAAUUAAAAAUUGAUUAGAUAUGAUGAGACUAUUUUUGAGUUUUUCAUAAUACUCUGAGAAAAUUUAUCAUGGUGAUGGUAAUAUUUCUUUAUACCAUCAAAAAGUAGAGAUUUAAAUGAACAAAAAACUUUUUAAGAAAAGCUAAUAUUUUGACGGGACAAUUUUUGAUUGAAGAUUCGGGUAAUUUUUGAUAUUAAGUCAAAAUAAGGUUAAAAAAUAAAUAUUUCAAAGCAAAAAGUAUAUUUGGGACAUUAAAUGGUAAGUUUCCACCGAAUUUCAUGAAAAAAAAAUGUUUUUUGUGAAGGAUAUAAAUAAAAGACCAAAAACUUUUUUUUUUAAUUUUUCACAUGAAUUUUGAGGUUAUGUGAAAAAGCAAUAUGUACAAAAUUUGUAGUUCUUCUUACUAUCUACAACUAUGCUAUGUGACUUUUUCCCAUAGGAAUUGUCAUUUUACCGGAAAUCGAGAUAAACUGUUUUUUACCCUUAAAAACUUACCCCUUUUCCUUACCGGCCUGAAAUCGCCGAAUUAUUUUUCCUUUCAUUUUCCAAUUAUCCUACUGUUUCAAAAAUUAUCGACCCUGGUCUAUAAUAGAAAUAUCUUCUUCUUUCUUGAACCACAGACUUUAUUGGAAAAAGAAA